AGAUUGAUAAACACAUUUUCAAAUGAAAAGAAUAUUGCAAUCAAUUUUUUUGUACAGUGCACUACUCAUUGUUGUCGAAUGUACUUUAUCAGUAACUUCUGACACCUUGCCAGAAGUGCCAAUGCCAAAAGGAGCUUCAUGUCCUCAAUCGAUUUUCCGACCUUCUCUACUUUUUUAUCUUGCCCCUGCAGUGAUCGCUUUUCUCAUUUGCAACAAAAAUAUAACUUCGGACAUUCGACACAUGUAUGGAAAUUGAAUAGAUUUACUGUUUAACCUCAAAACAUUUUUUGUCUGUACACUUUUUUGUUUUUUAUUCCCUUCCACUUUCUUUUUGAAGUAUCUUCGGGUUCAUCUUUAUAUCACUGGUUCUAAAUUUUGAAAAAAAUUAUUUUCGCUUGUUCCAGAUUUAGAAAUUGAAAAGCACACUCAAUUACAUAAAUAAUUGAUUUAGAAAAACACACUCAAGCUCUGAUUUUCCUGAAAUGUUUCGAAUAAUUCAUUCUCUGAGUGACAUCAAAA